CGAUUGCGGUUUUCGCCUGAAGUCGCCUUGCUUGAGGCUACAGGUCGAGCCGAUGCUGCUGAAGUUGAGCGAUUAUUACGUGAAGGUGCAAAUCCAAAUUCACAUAAUGAGGAUGGUUUGACGCCUUUGCAUCAGUGUGCAAUUGACGAUAAUCAGCAGAUUAUGCUAUUACUGUUGAGUCAUGGUGCUGAUGUUAAUGCUCAAGAUACCGAGCAAUGGACUCCGUUACAUGCAGCCGCCUGUUGUGCUCACAUCAAUGUUGUUAAGAUCCUAAUAGCGCACGGUGCAAAUUUAUUGGCGGUCAAUGCGGACGGUAAUAUGCCAUAUGAUAUAUGUGAUGAUGAAACCACCCUUGACGCCAUAGAAAGUGAAAUGGCCGCUCGUGGUAUUACACAGGCUUAUAUCGAUGAUCAACGCGGCGCUCCUGAAAAAGCGAUGUUAGAUGAUAUGAAAAGUUUACAUCAGCAGGGUUAUCCGCUUGAUGCACGUCAACCAGAUGGAUCCACUUAUGUGAGUUCUAUUGCAUGA